GCACAUGGCCGCAGUACCCCGAGAGCGCCUGGGUGGGUUUAUGCGCACCACGCCACAAGCUGAUCCGUGACGAGAAACCGGAAUUGGCAGGCUGAAAUGAAAUGUUCGACUUCCUGAGGUCACCGUCAAGUUUUGUUUUGGGAGGGAGGUCAUUUUAUAUCUAAAACAUGGCGGAACCAAACCAAAGGCCUCAGCGUAAGAUGUCCACCGCAGGAGACGGUCUAUACAAGGUCCUCGGACUGGAGAAGGGGGCUUCGCAAGAAGAAAUAAAGAAGGCAUACAGGAAACUAGCACUGAGGCAUCACCCUGACAAGAACCCAGACAACCCCGAGGCAGCUGAGAAGUUUAAGGAAAUCAACAAUGCCAACUCCAUCCUCAACGACGAGACCAAGAGGAAGGUCUACGACGAGUACGGCUCCAUGGGCCUCUAUGUGGCCGAGCAGUUUGGAGACGAGAGUGUUAAAUAUUACUUCCUCAUGCACAAGUGCUGGUUCAAGACCCUGAUGGUGUUCUGUGGGAUCUUUACCUGCUGCUGCUGCUGCUGUUUCUGCUGCUUCUGCUGUGGGAAGUGCAAGCCACCGGGGAACGAGGAGCACGCAUACGUAGACCCAGAGGACCUUGAGGCCCAGAUCAGAGCUGAGCAGGACAGGGGUGAACAUCAACCCGUUGUGGUCCAACCUCAUUCUGCUGCUGUUGAGAAGGCAGAGUCCGACCACGACCAGUCUGCAUCCAACCACUCUGACCCUAUAUUCACCACAACGGACCAGUAAGAACCUGUUAGCGAGGCGUCUUCCCAUAGCCUGGUCCCAGAUCUGUUAGUGCUGUUUUGCUAACUCCUAUGGUCAUAGGGACUUGGCAAGACAUGGAACCAGUCUAGUCUUCCCAGUCUGCUACUGCCAACCAAGAUGGUCCACUCUACUGAAAAUACUGUGAUCAGUUUCUGGGGAUCAGUGGCAGGUGCUUAAAUGCUUACAGUCAACCCUCUGUACUAUAUGUGGCCAAAGCCAUGUACAGUUCCUUCAGAAAGUAUUCAUACCCCUUGACUUAUUCCACAUUUUCUGUUAAAGCCUGACUUUUUCUUACCCAUUGACACA